AUGUCCCACGAAUCCAAUUCCCCUCCCUCCGCAAAUUCCUCGCGCCGCCGUCGUUCAUCCUUCACAGAACUCUUUCAGAAACAGGGUGGUACUGCUGUCCUGCCCACACCCAAUACCCAACCUCGGCCGAUCUACACUGGUGCCAAUGCUCAGGCGUCACAGCGUCGGAUGUCCCUGAACACUUUGGGCCUUUCAGGCUCGCCCAACCAAGCCACUCCCUUCACAGGCGGCUCUAUGCGUCGUUCCAGCGUUUCAAGCUCCGUCAUGUCGACUUCCCCUACUGUGGACCAAGCUGUUGUGGAAGAAACUGAAGAAGAAAGCGCUGCUACAACUCCACCAAGCCCCUUUGCUCGCCGUGUCUCUUUUGGAGCACAGGCUCUUCGUGGAAAUUCCAAUGGUACAUCCCACUCCCUAGGGGAAUCAUGGACACAGAGAAAUAGAUCUUCGUCCUUGUUUGCGAGCUCAUUCCCUAGUGAUGACCCUGCACCCACCGCAAGUACCUCACAAGAAUUUCUCAAGAAUGUUAAAUCUAACCCAUCUUCUUACCGCCCAUUAGGAGAAGGUUUUAACUGGCCUGAAUCCUUGAGAAUCAGAGCUGAACGGGCCCCCUCAAUCGGAGGCUUUCCCCCUACCUCUCCGAAUAUGCAUCAUCAGCGCUCUGCUUCUGUUGCAACGAUGGAAGCACCACCUCCUGAGCGGGUGGAGCAGCAAAGACAGGGCCAACCCAGAGCAAGACCGAAGCCGGAUUACUUUCAGGAGAAAAUCUUGCGAGCUGAUUUUAUGGACUAG